UCAGACCUGUGAGUGUGCAUGAGGCAAAACGGCAACAGUUUUCCAGUUAUUGCGACAAUUAGUUGUACACAAACAAUUUUAAACACGAUGCAGCUUGGCAAAAAAAGAAAAGGUGUUAAAACUAAUUUUUCCAUGAAUAACUGUGAAAACAUCAUUUUUCUAAUGCCGUGUUCCGCGCACGCUGACCGGAAGUUUGAUAAAUGCUGCGCUACGUGGUGCGCAAAAGCAUGAAUUGAGUUCAUGAUCACUUGGAAAAUUUCAUGUGUUUAUGAUGUCUUCGUAGAUACCUGACAUGAACAUGUGGCAUUAAUUAAUUAAUUAUAUUAGCAACAAAUAUCAGCAUGGGGAAAAACAGGAAAAAGGUACCCACAGCCUCCCGUGAGGAGUUGAUGGUGAUGGUAAUAUCUGACAUAAUUAGUGAGUUGAUACAAGCACAUGGCAGUAAAAAAGAUGUCAAUCUCAACAGAAUCAAGAGCAGAGCUUCCAGUAAAUAUGGGAUGGAUACACAACCAAGGCUGGUUGAUAUUAUUGCAGCUGUACCACAACAGUAUAAAAAGGUCCUUCUCCCCAAGCUCAAGGCUAAACCAGUCAGGACUGCCAGCGGGAUUGCAGUAGUAGCAGUGAUGUGCAAGCCACACAGGUGUCCACACAUAGCCAUGACGGGGAACAUUUGUGUGUAUUGCCCUGGAGGCCCAGAUUCAGAUUUUGAAUACUCCACACAAUCAUACACGGGAUAUGAGCCAACCUCCAUGAGAGCUAUCAGGGCCAGAUACAACCCCUAUCUGCAGACGAGACACAGAGUAGAACAGCUGAAGCAACUUGGCCAUAGCGUAGAUAAAGUAGAGUUUAUUGUGAUGGGAGGCACAUUCAUGUCACUGCAGGAAGAAUACAGGGACUUUUUCAUCAGGAAUCUCCAUGAUGCAUUAUCUGGGCAUACCAGUAACAAUGUGGACGAGGCGGUCAAGUAUUCAGAAAAGAGCAGGACAAAAUGCAUAGGAAUAACGAUAGAAACCAGACCAGAUUAUUGCUUGAAGAAACAUUUAAGUGAUAUGUUGAAAUAUGGCUGCACAAGGCUUGAAAUUGGUGUGCAGAGCGUGUAUGAAGAUGUGGCAAGAGACACUAACAGAGGUCAUACUGUAAAGGCAGUGACAGAGUCAUUUCAAAUGUCCAAAGAUGCAGGUUUUAAGGUUGUGGCACACAUGAUGCCAGAUCUUCCGAAUGUUGGAUUAGAGAGGGAUAUUGAGCAGUUUAUAGAAUUUUUUGAAAACCCAGCUUUCCGUGCUGAUGGUUUAAAACUUUACCCCACAUUGGUCAUCAGAGGAACAGGUCUGUAUGAAUUAUGGAAGACGGGGAGGUACAAGAGUUACCCACCCAGCACUUUAGUAGACCUGGUGGCUAGGAUACUGGCCUUGGUGCCACCAUGGACCAGGGUCUACAGGGUACAGAGGGAUAUUCCAAUGCCAUUGGUCAGUUCAGGUGUUGAACAUGGUAAUCUCCGAGAGCUUGCUUUGGCCAGAAUGAAAGAUUUGGGUACAGAAUGCAGGGAUGUCAGGACCAGAGAGGUUGGAAUCCAGGAAAUUCACAAUAAAGUUAGACCUUAUGAGGUUGAGCUAAUCAGAAGAGACUACUGUGCCAAUGGUGGAUGGGAGACAUUCCUGUCAUAUGAGGACCCAGAACAAGACAUCUUGGUGGGAUUGCUACGCCUUAGGAAAUGUUCAGAAGACGUGUUCAGACCAGAGCUAAAAGAUGGCUGUUCCAUAGUUAGAGAGUUACAUGUGUAUGGGAGUGUAGUGCCAGUCAGUGCUAGGGACCCUACUAAGUUUCAGCACCAGGGUUUUGGUAUGUUGUUAAUGGAAGAGGCUGAAAGGAUUGCUAGAGAGGAACAUGGGGCGAAGAAAUUGGCAGUUAUUUCAGGGGUAGGAACCAGGAAUUAUUACAGAAAAAUAGGCUACGAAUUGGAAGGACCUUACAUGACCAAGACCUUGGUCUGAGGCAGUAUUGACUUCAAGAUGUUAAGGCACCUUACUGUGGAAGGGAUUGUGGACACUCAACAUUAUACUACAGAGACCAUAUGAAAUUUAAUUUAUCGAGAUAUCACAUGCCACUGGAGUUAACUGUAUACUGGAAGAAUACAGUAAAUUUUUUAUCAUGAAGAAAUGCAGGAUACGUAAUAAUAGCUAUGGAAGUGUGUUUAAAAUGUGCUGUUUUUCACUGUAUGAUGGCAACUUUGUAAAUUAGAAAUUAA